AUGAUCGCUUUUCGCGGCACAAGCGGAAACUUUGAGACAGUCGCCGAGAUAUUGGGGAUGUUAAAGAAAAAAGACAAUUUUUUGAAUAUCGGCUUAAUUUAUGACUAUUUCUUCAAUGGGUUCUUCUUUUUGUGGCCCGCCGGCUUGGAGGCGCAAGUGAUGACGCUCAGAAAAGUCUACCCAACGUACGAUGUCUAUAUCGUCGGGCAUUCACUUGGCGGAUCGUUGGCGUCUCUUUGCGCCGCGUAUCUCGUCAAACAGGGGCUUUUCGAACCGGAAAAGAUAAAAAUGAUGACAUUCGGGCAGCCGAGGACGGGCGAUGUGAGAUACGCGGAGUGGCAUGACGCUAAUAUUCCCUUCUCCUACCGUGUGGUCCACCACCUCGAUCCAAUUCCUCACAUCCCGCCGCAAGAAUUCGAUCUGAUGCAUCAUCGUUUCGAAAUUUGGUACGACAAUGCGAUGACUACCGCCAACUACACAAUUUGCCCCUAUGGUGAUUUGGUCGGUCAAUGCGCGAACAGCAAGAUCAUGUGGCAAUUCGAUGACCACACGCACUACUAUUGGAGCGCCAACCCGGAAUGGACGAAACUUGGCGAGAUCAGGAUAUCGAAGAAAAACAAGAAAGGAAACAAGACGGUCAACAAAUAUGUGCUCGAAUUGGCUCGCCUUCUCUACGAUAAUGGACUUCUGAUGGCUAAAGAA